AUGGCUGAGAAUAUCCUAAAAUGUUUUCCCCACACAACCAGCCCAUUCAUCGCCAGCGCGCCGAUGUUUGGAUUCUCCGACGCCGGCCUAGCUACAGCUGUCACCAAGGCCGGGGGAUUCGGAUUCAUCGGGGGAGGCUUCCUCUUCCAGACCGGGUCUAGUCAACUCACAGCACUCGAUACUCAAUUGACAAAUGCCCGCUCUAUCCUCGGUUUGACUGAUGAGCAACCAUUGCCACUUGGUGUCGGACUAAUCACAUUCCAGCCAGACGGGUUAAUUGAGAAUGUCAUUCCCAUCCUCCAGAAGCACCGGGUCGCAGCUAUUUGGCUGUCCUUUCCCCAGGCUGAGGCUGACCAUCUUCCCAUCAUUCGAGCCAUUCGACAAACUCAAAGGGUCUCUGGGUGGGAAACGAGGAUAUUCUCCCAGGUAGGGAAUAUUGCCGCUGCAAAGGAAGCAAUCCAGCAAAAGGUAGAUGGCCUAGUCAUCCAGGGAACGGAUGCAGGUGGACAUCAGUGGGCUCAGGGCGCUAGUCUGAUCUCCCUUUUGCCCGAGGUACGAGACCUUCUAUUAGAGACUGGGAACACAACUACUGCUGUUCUGGCAGCUGGUGGUAUUGUUGAUGGAAGGGGCUGUGUUGCUGCCCUCGGACUUGGCGCCGAUGGUAUUGUCAUGGGCACUCGGUUCGUUGCAACCUCAGAAUGCCCCGCGCCAUCUGAGAUAAAGCAGACCAUUCUAUCGACUACCGAUGGCGGAGUUUCAACCGUUAAGACCACCAGACACGAUGUGUUCCAGUCAACCGAUGUCUUCCCGCGCCGGUAUGAUGGCAGGGCUGUUGUGGGGAUGAAUUACCGUGACUCGGAAGAAGGUGUGUCUGACGAAGAGAUCAUCCGACGACACAACGAGGCCAGAGCGGCUGGCGAUGAUCGGAGGCGGACGGUGUGGGCGGGUACAAGUGUUGGAAGUAUCAAGGCAGUGGUCCCUGUUGAAGAUCUCAUCAAGACCACUCAGCAGGAGGUCAGGGCGAUACUCGAGCGAGUGAAGGCAGGACUUUAG